UGACACAGCUGUCUUGAGCAGAACUAAUUGAAACGAAGAUGUCCUUCAUAGACCCUUAUCAACAUAUUGUGGUGGAGCACCAGUAUUCGCACGUAUUCACUGUGACAGUAGAGAAAGCCACCAAUGUCACGAAAGGGGCGAUUGGCGAUAUGCUUGACACUCCAGAUCCCUACGUGGAGCUGUUCAUCCCCUCAGCCCCCGACUGCAGGAAGAGAACUAAACAUUUCAAUAACAACGUGAAUCCCGUGUGGAAUGAGACCUUUGAGUUCAUUUUGGACCCCAACCAAGAAAACAUGCUGGAGGUCACUUUGAUGGAUGCUAACUAUGUAAUGGAUGAGACUCUUGGCACAUCCACAUUCCCUAUAUCUUCUCUGAAACUGGGAGAGAAGAAGGAGGUCCAGUUAACUUUCAACAAUGUCACACAAUUGACUUUGGAAUUGUCUCUUGAAGUCUGCUCUUCGACCGACCUUCGAUUCAGCAUGGCUCUGUGUGAUGAGGAGAAGAAAUUUCGGCAGCAGCGGAGAGAGAACAUCAUGCGCAGUAUGAAAUCAUUCCUAGGAGAAGAAAGCAGCAGGAACCUGACCACUUCCCGUGAUGUACCAGUGAUAGCAAUACUGGGUUCAGGCGGUGGCUUUCGUGCCAUGGUAGGGUUUGCUGGAGUAAUGAAAGCGCUUUACGAGUCAGGAAUAUUAGACUGUGCAACUUACAUUGCUGGCCUCUCGGGAUCUACAUG